CUAACCAAGAGGCGGCUGCCUCCACUCUCCCUCUCUCUCUCUCGGCCGAUUCUCUCGUCCUCUCCAGAACCAACCAAAAACCCUAACCCCGAUCCAAAUCCGCCGCCGCUCUCGUCUCUCGUCCCUCAUCUCUCUUCUUCGAACGAAACCGCCGCCAUCUUCUUCUUCUUCCUUCCCUACCAGAGAAUAAAAACCAAAAACCCUAGCCUAAAUAAAACCUCAAACAGCCGCCAUCAUUCCCUAAACCACUCGCCUCGUCCGAGCUACGAGGACGACGAGGAUGGCGACAUGCGCCGAUGGUGGUGAUAAAAUCGAGUUUUGAAGGUUUGUUUCCUUUUGCAUGUCCGUUUAAUGGUUUUAUUUGAUAUUUUCGGUUUGGAUUCGUUUACGACCUUGUUUUGAUUUUUUUUUUUGUUUAUCUUUGGGGUUCGACGAGGGGAGGAAAAGAGACGGCGGAAGGCGGCGACUGUGAGACGAUGGUAGUCGGUGACGACGGUGACAUGCGCCGCCAGCGAUGGCAAGAGUAAGGUUCGUUUCCUUUUUGAACGAUUUCUAUUUGCUUUCAGACUCGAUUUUCUAAGGUUUCAUAGAUCUGAUUCCUUUUUUUUUUUGUUUAUUUCCGUAAAACUGAACCGAGGCCGAAAUGGGACCCUCGAUCUACCGUCCCCUUUUUCGAUCUACUCUCUUUCGUAGAAACGAUGAGGAUGGUGAAGAGAUCUCGGUAAGAUAUUGUUUGCAUGUGGGAUUUUGUUUGAUUUUAGAUUCAAAAUUUAGGAUCUGAUAUUUUAUUUUGGUUUUUUUAUUUAUGCGAGGGUUUUGGUCGAGGAGAAUGUAGCGUUGGCCGGCGAGGUUUCCCGGCGGCGAUAGGCCGACGGCGACACAGGUAGGGUUUUUGUUUCGUUAUAUAUAUAUAUACAUAUAUUUUUUAAUUUAAUAUUCUUUCAAUUAAUUCUGACUUCUAUUCUUGUAUUGAUGCAGGUAAAAGAACAGAUCUAGGUAGGUCUCACUAUAACUCUUUUAAUUUGAGAUUUAGAGAUUUAAACUAGAAGGUGGAUUUUACUAUGAUAGGUCUAGACUAGAUGGGAUCAAGUAUGGGUAUUGGAAAACAAGGCUGUUAACGAAUUUGGCUAUCUGGAAUUUUGUUUUUAUUUUAAUGUUUUAGAUUAGUUGUGGCUAUUGAUAUGCUUAGAGUUUGUGAAAAGAAUUUCCUUUGAUAGAAAACUAAUUGACAUGAACUAGAAAUGCUAAUUUUGACUAAUAAUAAAUCACUUUUGCCUAUGAUUUUGCUGGAGAUCGGACUAAAUCAUUGCUUGUGAUUUUGAUUGGAUUGUUAUUUUGGUUGAUUUAAAAACUGGUUAGAGUUUGUGAAUCUGAAAUUUUAUUGCGUUAUGGUGUUGUUUUCGUUAGUUCAAGAUCUAGGUUGAUCCAUGGACUUCUAAAAAGUGAUUUUUUAUUGUAAAAUAAAUUUAGUAUUUAGUUGUACUUUAAUUCGCAUAUAUAUAUGGCUACGGGUGUGGGAAAUCAACAUGGCAGAAAGUUAAAGUGAAGCAUCCGAUUUCACUCAUGGUUAAGUUAAAUUGGCAUAAUAAUUAUAGCAUAGACAAAGCUAAUAAUACGAUUGACAAAAAAAACAACUUGGAUGAAGGAGCUUGAAGAAACUGAUAUGAGCAGAUCUUUGGUAAAUAGAGUGGAGCUUGUAAAAUAAAAGUCUUGCAUAAAAAUGGGCAAGUAGAUGGAUGAUUAUAACGUCAUUGGUAUUGUAAACUAGAUGAAAUGACAGAAGAUCGGAUUAAGAAGAUGAAACUAGAGUACUAAUACCAACCUGUUUGGAGUUUCUAUGGAGUCUUCUCCUUCAAACUUGUAAAUCUGCUCCUCGAUCUCGCAGUCCUUCCCCCGAAUUUUUGCCUAUGAGCAAGAAUUGCAGAAGAGUGUUUGAUCUCAAAUUCUAUUUCUGUAGGAGUGUUUUUUUGCUGCCUCCAAAAUCGUCCCCCUUCAAAGAGCCUGAAGAGCUCACUUAUACCAAACCAAACCACCACGUGUCACUACAUGAUUCGUCCAUUUUUUUAAUAUGACUUUGAAGAGUGUGCCUGGUCGGCUGUGGACAGGAUUUGGUUAGACCGAUUUGGUCAAGGUCGGUUUAUGGUUAUACUUUUCGGACCGAACUGGUUAGGCUGAGUUGGGCUUUGGGUUUUGGGCCGGCUUGGGCUUGGGCUUAAUCAGAUCUGUAAUUGGACUAACUGGUCUCUUCUCAUUUUUUCAGGUAUCUGGGCUUCGUUGAUUGAAAAAGUUGGGCCAGUGGACCAGGUUCAUGCCUCAAGGCCCAAGUGCUUCUCUUUUUGAAAUUAUAUAUGUACAAAUCAAAUUGCAUAGCCCAAAUUUUGUAGAGUUAGCAUUAGUCAUUUAAUUUUUGCUUUAUUCAGAGUACCCAAGUUGAACAAUGUAUCAACUUUGAAUUUUUUAUAAUAAAGCUCAUUCCGCUAUUCAAUUUGUCCCAUUACCAAUACCAGAUCCAAAUCCAACUCGAGCAACCAAAUUUGCACUAUAGUCAUUUCUCCCUUCUAAAUGAGAAUUUAUAUUUAAGAUUCACCACUGCUAAUCUUAACUUAAACUGAUCCUAUCUUAACUAACUAUGCCCUAGAAUCGACUAGGAGCAAAUUUGAUAAUUGUUGAUUCAUAUUGACUUGCAACUGCUAGUCUCAACCAAACUAUCUUCAACUUCUAUUUAAAUAUAAUUGUAGUAUGACGUGACAAAAUUAUUUUCAAUAAAACAAUUAUCUCGGACAAAAUGUGGUGUCUACAGAUGUACCAAAUUGGCAAAUUCUAUAUCAUCAGUCAUCUAACUAUCCUCCUAUAAUUUUAUUUAUCCCCAAACCCGUGAUUUGAUGAUCUAUUUCACAGUGCCCAUUCACGAACUCGUGGUGUAUCCUUUUCGUCUUUGCUCUCUAGAUCUCUGACGGCACCGCAUGUAUUCCUUUCUCCCACGAAGAAGCGGGUCAUCGUCUUCGAGCCAAAGCUGUUGAUUUGGCUAUAACUUGUUUCAUUUUGCUUUGUUCAUAGAGAUAAAAAUCUCUCUAAUAAGUGAUCUAUGAAAUAUAAUUUAUGAACUUUGAUUUUCGAUGCUCUGAUUUUUAGUUUGAGCUACAAUUUUUGGGUUUUGGAAGUUUGUAGUUUCUGUAAAAUAAUUGUGAAGCAAAAAUAUCAUUCGUACUUUCGCUCUCGUUGUAGGAAAUUUGAAAUGAGACAACAAUUUUCUCAUUUUUGUAUUAUAUAUUGUGUAAUGUGUAGAGUGUAUAUAAAGACAUGUCCUUUCCCCACAAAUUCAUUAGCACAUUAAGAAAUGGUGAAAAUGAACAAACUUAUUAAAAUCCUAAUGAUUGUUGGAUCCAAUCAUGUCAAAAUAAGAAGAGGUUUAAAAUUGGACGGUUAGUCGAACUAAAAUGUUCAAAGAAACAGUCUCAUAUAGUUUACACAAAGAUAAGAAUACAAUUGUCUCAUUGUAGAUCUAAAAAUUUAUACUAAUUUAAGAGUUAUACAUCACUUUUACAUAUCCAAUACUGCAAUUCGAUAUGGAAUAUUCGAACCAAUGAUAUUUGGGCCACGAUUUUAAAGUUAUACCCUGUACAUAAUUUUUAUAGGAAUUUAAUUAAAUAUUAAACAAUAAUUAAAAUGAGGAAUUUGACCUCUGUUAGUCACACAAAGUUUCAACACAAAUGCAUGUUUCUCUAAUAAUUUUUGCUUCUUAUUUGUAUGAGAUGAGGUCGGCUGGCUCUAUGACUGUGCAGCUUGAGAAAAAUGAAAUUUACUAUUGCGGAAUUAUGAUGACUUUUGAUGUGGUUGGGUCUUGUAUCGUAGGCUCUUGAAUCUAAAGCAAGAAGAAGAGACGAUGGGAUAGCCGAACAUGGUCUGUGAUGUUUCAUGUUGAAGUGGCCCGGUGCUCGAAUCAGUUGGUUAAAUCGGUCUGAUUUCCCGCUAAGAUAAACUUGACUUUGACCGAGCCUGAAUAGACAACCAAGUGGGCCUUCGGCACCCGCCGAGAUACUCAUGUUUAGAUAGAAUUGGUUUGACCAACAGAGUCAUACUCGAAUUGACAAUCAUGGUUAUGACUCUUGUACGUGUUUGAAGAUACAUGAGUUCAAAUUUCAAUACUUGUUUAUUUUCUAUACAAAAUAAAAAUAAAUAAUGGUGAAGACAAAAAUGUCAUUCAUACUUUUGCUCUCGUUGUAGAUAAUUUGAAAUGGGAGAGAAUUUUAUCAUGCCAGUAAUAUAUGUUGUGUAGAGUGUAUAUGUAGACAUGUCCUUGCUCUACAAAUUCACUUUAAUACAUAAAAAAAAGCGUGGACCAAGAAAUCGGAUAGUACUGGCCAGUUGAACUGGUAAAACCGAAAACCGGACCAUGUACGAUACGGUAGGUGGUUUGUGGCCAGAAUAUCGCGUCGGUCGGUUUAUCCAGUUUAAACGGCACAAUACGAAAUACCGCCCGGUUUUGGUCUAACCGGGGGUAGGCUUUUGGGGAGGGAACGUCGUCAUUUUUUGAACCAAAUUAAAAAAUAAAUCGGCCGAAGGACAAAAUUGAAAACCCUAAUCUCUAGGGCAAAUCGACUGAAACGAAAAAACAGGAGCACUCUGUUCUUUCUUCCCAGCGGCUGCCGACCAGGGAACCCCCGUCACUCCUCUUCUCCUAUGGCAACCGGCGACCAGGAACCGCCGAGCCGUGACCAGCAACCCGCGACCAGCAGCGAGGCGACCCACGAUCCCUGCUUUACUCCGCUCCAGCGACCGCCGACCUGACUGGCGACCAGCGAUCCCUGCUCCGCUCCGCUCCUCCUCUCCGCUCCUCCUCAGAUGGCGCGCCUCUCCCUCCCCUUCUCAAGAAGGCGUCGCGUAGGAUAGAGACUUCUGACUGCUCAAGAACGCGACAGGCAUAGGUAAGAAAAAAUUAGAGAGUUUUUGGAAAAAAUAGACUGCUCAAGAACGCCUGGGAGACUGCUCAAGAACGCUGAGUUUUUUUAUCAGAGAUGUUUUAACUUAUUUGAAGUAUAAUGCUGAGUUUUUUGUUUCCAAUGUUCUGCCAUUUAUUCUAAUGAGAAUUUUGGUUGUUUUGGCAACAAUGACCAGUGGAGAAGAAGCCCGAAGGUUACCGUAAAGGGUGUACGAAGCAAAAGUGAUCCAAUUUGGGCUCAUUGUUCCUUGCAUCAGGAUGGAAAAGUGGAGGUACUCACUUGUCUCUAUUGUCAAAAAAAAAUUUAGAGGCGGAGGAAUCACUAGAAUGAAAAACAUCUAGCUGGUGUUAGUGGGGAUAAUGCAAUAUGCUCAAUGGUUCCUCCUAAGGUGAGCGAAAAUAUGAAUAAGCUUUUGACUACUUAUGAAACUAGUAAGAAGAAAUCUGAACUUGUUAAAACUAGAUUUAAAGAACCUCGUUAUACAAAUUCUUCAAGUGCACAAGAUGAUGGAAAUAGUGCUAGAAUGAAAAAAACAUCUAGCUGGCGUUAGUGGGGAUAAUGCAAUAUGCUCAAUGGUUCCUCCUGAGGUGAGAGAAAACAUGAAUAAGCUCUUGACUACUUAUGAAACUAGUCAGAAGAAAUAUGAAGUUGUCAAAACUAGAUUUAAAGAACCUCGUGAUACAAAUUCUUCAAGUGCACAAGAUGAUGGUAAUAGUGCUAAAAGAGUUGCUCCUAAUGUGUCUACGGGUUCGAUUGACACUUUCUUUGCUCCACGUUCAUCUUCCGGUAGUCAACCGGGAAUAAAGAGUGCCUUAGCAACUAAAGAAGUUGUAUUAUAUGUGGAUCGAGCAUGGGCUAGCUGGUUCUAUGAUGCACGUGUUCCUUUAGAAGCAAUUAAAUCUCCACAAUUUAAAAUAGCAUUGGAUGUUUCUAUGACUCUUGGUCCUGGACUCGUGGUUAUGGUGGUCCUACAUAUUAUGCUUUGAGGUUUACUUUGUUGGAUAGCAUUGUAAAAGAAUGUCAGCUAUUGAUUGAGAAUUUGAGAUCUCAUUGGAAGGAAUCUGGAUGCACUAUUAUGGCGGAUGGUUGGACGGAUAAUAGGCGUAGAUCCUUAAUCAAUUUUCUUGUUUAUUCUCCUGAUGGAACAUGCUUUGUGAAGUCCAUUGAUGCUUCUGGUUUGGUCAAUAGUAGAAGAAACUUGUUUAAGUUAUUCUGUGAGGUCAUUGAUUGGGUUGGAGCUGAGAAUCUUGUUCAUCUGGUGACCGAUAAUGCAUCCAACUAUAAAUUAGCAAGGACAAUGAUACAUGAGCAUUAUGGUCAUAUAUAUUGGACUCCUUGUGUUGCUCAUACCCUUAACUUGAUCUAAGUGACAUUGGAUCUAUGUCUCAUGUUAAGAAGCUUGCAUAUCGAGCUACCAAGGUCUCAAAAUUUGUUUACAAUCAUGGUCCAAUUUAUUUAUGGUUGAAGACAAAGGAGAAUUGGAAAGAAAUAGUGAGACCUGGUGCUACUAGAUUUGCUACUACAUUUAUGGGUUUGCAAAGUACUUUUGAGCACAUGCAUGAUUUGGAGGAACUGGUGAUUAGUGAGUUCUUUAGAGAAAUUUAUCUUUCAAGUACUAAGGAUGGAAAGGAUGUGAAGGCAAUUGUACUCGAUCACCAGUUUUGGGUUAAUUGUGACUUCAUUGUUAAGUUGACAGCUCCAAUUGUUAAGUUGCUUUAAGUUAUGGAUUCAGAUAGUAAACCAGCAAUGGGGUAUGCGUAUGAUGGGAUGGCUAGGGUGUCAAAUGCUAUUAUGAAUGUUUGUGGAGAUAAGGCGAAGAUGUACAAACCAUACAUGGAUAUCGUUAUUAGGAGAUGGGAUAAGUACUUGAGCCGUGAUUUGUUUAUGGCAGCUCACUAUCUUAAUCUGGCUAUGAAGUAUGUUGAUGAUUGGACAUAAUAUAGGGCGGUUACAUUUGGACUUCUUAAUCUUCUUGAGAACUCGUCUUUAUGUCCUGAUAAUAGUGUGGUGGUGGCGGAGAUGAAUUUGUAUGCUGAAAGGUCGGGAAACUUUGGGAGGAAGAUGACAAUAGAUUCUGUACAGAAACAACAACCAGGUAAUUGAUAUCACUUGCAUUGAAGUUCUUCUAUUUAUUACAAUAUUUAAGAAACUAACACCUAUGUUUUAUAUGUAGAUAAGUGGUGGAAAUGGUUUGACAUUGAUGCUCCAAAUAUUCAUAAGUUGGCUAUUCGAAUUCUUAGCCAAACUGCUUCUUCUGGUUGUGAACGUAAUUGGAGUGUCUUUGAACGUGUGCAUACCAAAAGAAGAAACAAAUUGCAGCAUAAAGUGCUUAGUAACUUGGUGUUUGUGAAUUACAACUUGAGAUUACAGAAUAUGUAAUGAUUUGAAUUAUAGAACUUGUGUUGAAUUCAUACUUUAUAGGCUUAUUAUUGAAUUGAAUUAUUUUAUGUUUUCUACUUUGAUUAGGGAGUAUUAUACCAAGAACAACAAAGAAUCAUAUGAUCCAAUAAGCCUUGAAAGCAUUGAUUCUACUGUUACUAGUCACUGGUUGUCAGAAGGGGAAGAAGGUUCAUCUUCUAGGGAAAAGGAAUUGGAUAUUGAUGAGCUGGAUCGAGCUUUAGAAGAUGAAGGUUUGUUUGUAAAUCAAUUAUGUAUGAUAUGAAUUCUAAUAUUAAUAAAUGGUUUUGAACCAACGUCAUAUCAAACUAAAUCUCAUCUUAUGAUUAUUGGAUCCAUGUCAAAUUAGCAAAAGGUCUAAGGCUAUUGGUCAACCAGGCUGAAAAUUAAUACUAGUUUAAGAAUUAUAUAUCGCUUCCAAAAUGUUCAAUACUUCAAUUCAAUAUGCAAUAUUCAAUAUCCAAAUAAAUUAUAUAUGAGUUUAAACCCUUUCUCAAAAAAGUUAGACUAAAAAAUCCCCCCCCCCCCCAACACGCACAUUUGCAAAGAAAUACUAAAUUCCAAU